AUGUUUACUAGGUUACAAUUAGGUGAACAUCCUGAUUAUCAAUCACGAGAUACACAUAACGAACUACAUCUUCAAGAAACUUAUUUUCCUAAUCCUAUUCGAUGUAUUGCUUUAUCAAUUGCUUUAACCUAUUAUUUUCGACUUCCAACAAAAGAAGAUAAUUUACAAGGUAAUGAUAAAAAAUUACCAGCACGAGAACAAUUAACUAAACUUGUUGGUCAAGCUAUGCCACACUUUGAUUAUAUCGUUCAAAAUGAACUCGAACGAUUCGUGAAUACUGAUAAUAUUGUUAUUCCACAAGGAAUAGCAAUGAAUCAAGCUUUCGUUUUCUUGGAUGAAGCCUCAUUACCGAAUGAAAAGAAAAUGGUUUUAAAAGUUUUACAUCCUUAUUUAGAUGAACGUAAAGUAGCAUGGUUAAUGCAAAUCGAAUAA